GACUAGGUAAGACUGAAUUCUUCAGCCAAACUAAUGUAGAAGAUAGUGGACGGUAGGGUAGAUACUCCAUCUGACGGCACCUCGAUUCUUAUACAUAUAUAUAUAGACGUAUAAUAAUAUAAUAAUAAUUACAUAUACAAAUUAUUAUUGUCCAUUUAACUUUACAAUUGUUUCAGAUAAAAUAUUUUGAAAAUCUUUUAUUUCUAAUUGGCUUAAAUUCCAAUAAUGUAUUCUGAUUGUAAAUAUCGAUAAUCGAACGAUAAGAUUUGAACACAUUUAGUUUAACCUAACUGUAUCUGUGACAGUUAACAUUGUACAGUCAGAUAGAUAUGUCAUUUCAUUUUUCUCUAUUUUGUUGAGUUUCAAUAAUGUAUAUUAAAAUGUUUCUUCUUUUUUGUGUGACAUACUUAGUAUUUUUUGUACCAUGUUUAGCUAGUAAAGAACUAGAAGAACAUGGAGUUAAAUACGCUGAUCAGUGUGAAGCAUGCAAAGUCGUAGCUACUGAAUUAGAAGCAAGAUUAGAUGAAACUGGGAAAACGCAUGAUGUACUUGAAAUUGGCUAUUCCGUUGAUGAUAUCGCACCAAAAAAGAGAAAAGAAUAUAAAAAAUCAGAAUUACGUUUGGUAGAAUCAAUGGAAAAUAUUUGUGAACGUAUAUUACAAUACAAUAUUCAUAAAGAGCGAACGGAUAGUACAAGAUUUGCUAAGGGAAUGAGUCAAACAUUUAAAACCCUUCAUGGAUUAGUAGACAAAGGUGUCAAAGUAGAAUUAGGAAUCCCGUAUGAAUUAUGGGACAAUCCUUCGGUAGAAAUUACUACAUUAAAAUCGCAGUGCGAAAAGUUAUUGGAGAAUCAUGAACAAGAUAUCGAAAAUUGGUAUUAUAAUUAUCAAGGAAAAGUUCCUUUAAUGAAAUAUUUGUGUACGGAUAGAGCGCUUAAAGGACAGGAUGAUUCGUGUCUUAAAGAAAAAGGUGAUACUGGGAAAAAUAUUACGAAAAAGGCAAAAAAAAAAGUACAAGAAAAUAAUAAUAUAAAAUGUUAA